GAAUCUUAUUCCAUACAAACAAACGUAGGUACUAUUUUGAUUGCUUAAUAAAAUAAAUACCAAAUCUGACCAUGACGUACUCUAUCAAGGAUUUCGUUGCACCGAUAUUUUCGUUCAGCUCGAUGUGCAUUGCUUGCUAUUCAAUACUGUGGUAUAUUGACGGGUUUAGUUAUACCGUCGAUGGACGAGGAAGUGUUUGAUAGAUGUGUUCCCGACCUUGAUCGUUGUCCUUUCGCUGCUGCUGCAAUUAUAGUCUCUAAUCGAAUUGAAUGACUGCGCCCGACGAAUGAGAUAAUUGCGCACGCGCAUCCUAUUUGGACAUACCUAUCGGAUGAUUUAUUUUAGAAAGCAUGUUAUAGGAAAAUUUCUCUUGCAUGAUGACACAAAAUAUAGCGAUCAUAACAUAACCAAUGGAUUUCGACGCGAUCCUCGAAGACGUGGGCGAGUUCGGGCGCUACCAGAAGCUGGUGGUGUACCUGGUAUUGCUGCCGGCAGUCAUCCCGUGCGGCUUCCAUGCGUACGCGCAGCUUUUUAUGGCGGCCGGCGGCGCGCACUGGUGCCGUGUGCCCGAGCUGGAACACAUCUCCAACAUAGAACUCGUUAAGAACAUCAGCAUUCCUGUGGAAGAUAAGAAUGGGAAUCUGCAAUACUCCCAGUGUAGCAUGUACAAUUUGAACUACAGUGACUUGUUAAGGAACCACGAAAAUCUUGAUGAGUUCACCAGAAGAGAAAUGCCCGCUGAUAAUAUAAUACCGUGCAAAAAUGGAUGGACUCAUGACAAGACCAUUUAUAAAAAUACCGUCGUUACAGAGUGGAACCUGGUUUGCAAUGACGACUUCCUGCCAACUCUGGGCCUUGUGCUCUUGGCUGCGGGCGGAAUCAUCGGCAACUACAUAUUCGGCUAUCUCCAAGAUACGAUCGGAAGAAAGCCUUCGUUCUUCAUCUAUCUCCUGAUCGAAUGCAUCUUUGGCGUCGCCACUGCCUUCGCACAUAACUAUGUCAUGUGGAUAAUUUAUCGAAUUGGCGUUGGAUUCACCGUUCCUGCUAUUAUGGCUACGCCCUAUGUUUUAGCCAUCGAGCUAGUGGGUCCGCGCUGCCGUACGCUAUGCACGAUUCUAUCAAACAUCGCGUACUCGUUGGGUCUGAUCAUGUUGGCUGGAGUUGUGUACUUAGUCCGGGAUUGGCGGCACUUAGCUUUAGCGACUACCCUGCCUUUCGUCUGCUUCUUCCUGUACCUUUGGCCUAUGCCUGAGAGCCCCAGGUGGCUACUAGCACGAGGGCAGUUCGAAAAAGCAGAGGUGAUCUUAAAGAAUAUGGCAAGAAUAAACGGUAAAUCCCUGCCUGCUAACUACAUGGUGCACCUGAGGCGCAAAUACGAAUCAGACAAACUGAAACAAGACAUAGAAAAGGAGAAGUCCCGGAAGUACGGGGUAUUGGACCUGUUUAGAACACCUAACUUAAGGAAGAAGACCAUAAUAAUCACAUUCAUAUGGUUCACCAACACCAGCGUUUACGUCGGGCUGUCUUACUAUGCUCCGGUGUUGGGUGGAGAUGAAUUCUUAAACUUCUUCCUGGCUGGUGUGGUCGAAUUGCCGACUUACCUGUUCCUUUGGCCGUCCAUGGAGCGAUUGGGGAGGAGGUGGACGCUUUGUAUGAGCAUGGUUGUCGGUGGAAUCGCCUGUUUAACCACGUUUCUAGUUCAACACGAAACUUAUGUUACCUUAGCUCUAUACUGCGUAGGAAAAAUGGGCAUAUCGUCUUCUUUCGUUGUGCUACCGCUGAUGGCGUCCGAGUUGUACCCAACCGUAGUAAGAGGACUUGGCAUGAGUUUUAGCUCCGUGUUGGGAAUGCUUGGCCCAAUCUUCAUACCGCUCGUGAACUAUCUAGGCUCAGACAUUAUGGUUCUGCCGUUGAUCAUCAUGGGUGCUCUGCUAGUAGCUGGUGGUAUAGCAAGUUUAUUACUUCCCGAGACUUUGAAUCAACAUCUUCCGCAAACAUUAGAAGACGGAGAAAAAAUGGGCCUCGAUACCGAUUUCUGCUGUAAUCCACCAGUCAAAGAGCCUAAUCAUAGAAAUGUGGAAGCAAAGGACACAGUACUAGACCAACAAUAUUGUAAUGCGUGUAAAACUUUAUGCUCGUGUCAGUUGGUAAACGUACCGUUAGUUGAAAGCGUUGCGGCUAUUAUUGAGAAAGAUAGUGAAAAAGUAGAAUUUAUUAUUGUAAAAUAAAGUACUUGCGAGCCGU